AUCGGUUCCUGUUCCUUCCUCGGGGAACUGCGCGUGUGAGUGGGUGUGUCGAGCGAGGGUAAACUUUAUGAUGAGUUAAAGUUUGAUCAUGGCCGUGUGGACCCGCGCGGAGAAACAGGGUCAUCUGGACCUGCUGCUGAGCGACCGCUGGGUCCGGGUCACCGCGGAGCUCACGCGGGACACACUCACCCUGACGGCGGAGGGCGAACCGGGCGGGCCCGCGGGACACUCCGAGCACGGCUCUCAGAUAAGGAACGGCGUGUCUAAUGGCAACGAACAGAACCGAGAUGUUUAUCAGAGCCGCGGGCAACACGACAGUCCGGGUCGGGUCAACGGGUCCGACUCAGAGUCCAGCGGUUAUUGUGACCCGGCGGGGCCGGAGGGGGUUCGGAGGGUUCGGAUAGUCAAGCAGGAGUCCGGCGGACUGGGGAUCAGUAUUAAAGGGGGACGGGAGAACCGUAUGCCCAUCCUCAUAUCGAAGAUCUUCCCCGGUUUAGCUGCGGACCAGAGUCGAGCCCUGCGGGUCGGCGACGCGAUCAUUUCCGUCAACGGCAGCGACCUCCGCGAUGCCACGCACGACGCGGCGGUGCAGGCGCUGAAGAAGGCCGGGAAGGAGGUGACGCUGGAGGUGAAGUACAUCAGGGAGGUGUCUCCGCUCUUUAAGAAGUCCACUGUGAGCGCCGAUCUGCCUUGGGAUGGGCGUCUUCAGUCCCCAAACCUCAGCAGCAGCGACGAGUCGGCCAAGAGCAGUGUAAGUCGUGACAGGAAGGUCAUCCCGCUCAAAAUGAGCUUCAUCAGCCGAAACCUCACCAUGCCUGACCUGGAAAACAGGCUGCUGGAGCUUCACUCUCCGGACGGACAGCACACUGUGGUGCUGCGGUGUAAAGAUGGGGCCUCCACUCACUCCUGGUUCACAGCCAUUCACACAAAUAUUGCUGCCCUAUUGCCACAGAUGAUGGACCACAUCAACUCUUUCUUGAGCAACCCCAGCGGCAACACACACUGCACAGUCAAACACAUCGGGUGGUUGGCAGAGCUGCUGGAGCUGGACGGUGGGCGGCAUCAGUACAGACGAGUGGUCAUGGCGCUCACAGAGAAAGACCUCCUGCUGUUCCAGUCAGUGCCCUGGACACAUGAGAGCUGGACCUCUCCUCUCCUGACGCACCCGCUGCUCGCUACACGGCUGGUCCACUCGGGCAGCGUCCGCAGCUCUCCGGCUCUGGGUGGAGAUCUGGUGUUCGCCACACGAACAGGCACCGGCCGAGGCAUCGAGUCUCAUGUGUUUCGUGUGGAGACACACUGGGAUCUGUCCACAUGGACACGUGUGCUGGUGCAGGGCGGACACCUGGCUGCUGAGCUCAUCAAAGAGGUUUCCAUAGGCUGUGUGUUGAACAGACAGGAUGUGCGUCUGAUCCUGCACUAUGACAGAGGGUUCACUGUGAAGCGGGAAUCUGCCGAAUCCGUGCUCUUCCACUUCCCAUACGAGCGGCUCAAGAUGUCUGCAGACGAUGGAGUCAGGAACCUCUACCUGGACUUUGGUGCUCCAGAGGGAGAGAUGGUGUUUGAGCUCCACUCGGGGCCGAAGCCUGUGGUCUUUGUGCUCCACUCGUUUCUCUCAGCCAAACUGGCUCGUCUGGGACUGCUCACCUAGAAUCAGCAGGAAACCAUCGAGGUUCAUCUAUUUCUUUGAUUUAUUGACGGCUAGUAUUUUACUCAAGCAGCGUUUUCAUAGUUUACUUCUCUUCUAGCCAAGACAUUAGUUGUGUGAUUGUGUGGCUUUCUAAAGCACAAAACUCUCCCAGUUUCCUCUGAUCAGGAACACCAGAUGUGCCUUCUCAUCUAGAGCCAACAAGCUUUUACACUCAUUUUCAGGCUUAAGGUCACCGUAAAGCUUUGCAGAGUAACCAAAAUGAACUUAUUAUUCUUGUAUUAUCUGUGUUGUUUGUUAUUCACCUAACUCGCCUGUAUUUAUGUUUAUAUAUGUAUCGCAUGGCGAAGACUGUUACAUCUGUGUGUUAUAAUCUGAAUUAAUAUGUCAUUUGAAUGCAUAUAUAUAUAUAUAUAUAUAUAUAUAUGGAGAAAAUGAAGCUUUAAAUACAUUCCCUCACGACUGACCAAAAUAACCUCCUUAAAGUUAAAACUCUAGAAGGUGUUGAAUAGCUUUGAUUCAGUUUAACUAAUAUUUUGAAAGAGAUAUAAAGUAUAGGAAUGUUUUAUUAGUUUAUCUGUUCUCUACAUGUCAUAAGAAAUACUUCUUCAUUAUUAAUGACCAAACCUGCUCCAGGCCUUGAUUUAUUUAUUUAUUCUUUCCCCUUCUGUAGUACAUUAAUGCUCGUUAGAUGAGUGUUUAAUCCUCAUUACAGGCUUCCCUCUGCCAGAAAAACCUGGAAAUAUCAGCAGAUUUGGAAAUGUGAAGGAAAUUAAUGAAACCUUUCUAUUAUUAAAUAGAUCAUGGGGAAACGUCUAUAGACAAUAUAUAUUUUCUAACUCGGUUUAGCUCUGAAGAACUUUGCUUUUGUGAGUACAAUCUUUAUAAAAUGGCUUUUAAUAAUCCUAAUCCAGUUAUCAGACAAGACUGGAGAAGUCAGAGAUUUAUCACGUUUUUAGCACUGAUAAAUGGUUUGUCAUGGUGUGUAUGUUUUAUGUUUAUCAAUAUAAUAUCAGUAUAUAUUCUUUAUUAAUAUUUUAUCUUUUUAUAUAAUGCAUGUAAUGCAAACUUGAGUUUGAGCACAUGAUCUCCUGUAUUAUUAACCUCUUCAGUCACAGGUGCUGUAGUCUAGGAGCUUUUCAGUACUGAAGACAUUCCCUCAUAGAUUUAUUAGAACAAGCUUAAAGGGAUACUCCACCCCAAAAUUAAAAUGGUGUCAUUAAUCACUGACCUCCAUGUCGUUCCAAACCAGUAAAAGCUUUGUUCGUCUUCAGAACACAACUGAAGAUAUUUUGGAUGAAAACCGGGAGGCGUGUGACUGUCCCAUAGACUGAAGUGUAGAAGUUAUACUGUCAAGGUCCAGAAAAAUAUCAAAAACAUCGUCAGAACAGUCCAUCUGCCAUCAGGAGUUCAACUGUAAUGUUAUGAAGCGUCAAGAAGAAAACAAAAAAUAACGACUUUAUUUAACGAUUCCUUUGUUAAUCUCCUCUGUGUCUCUCCUAGAGUUGUUCCGAUUCCGAUACUAGUAUCGGAAAUAUCUCCGAUACCACAACAAAUUCUGGCAUCGGCAUCGGCGAGUACAUGAACCCAUAUACCGAUCCGAUACCAUUUUCUUAAAAAAGACCUAGUUAUGACCGCAAGCUUUGCCUAACCGCUGCACGGUUCUUCUUCGCUGCUCAAAAUGCAUUGAAAACACAGGAAGUUGUGCUGUGUUGCCACAAGCAACCCCUGUUUAGAGCAGCGAAGAAGAAAUGAAAACGCGUUAGCAGCCCUUAUCUACAUAUGACUGGAUCACUCAUCACAUUCUAAACUGCCAAAAGACAGUGAAGCCGCUACUAUAUUAUAGAUCAGUGGUUAGCAGUAUGUCUCUGUAGUACCGGUAGUUACAGACUCUCGAGUAUAUUCAGUACCGGCAACUGCGUUCAGUCGCUUCCGUGUAAGUCAAAACGCAGGGCUCCAGACAGUAGCCGAAUAUAUACUAGUGUCUGUGAAUAUUAAACUGCAAAAUACUAUUUAAAUAUUACUCCCGCAAAAUCUACAUCUCUGUGGGUGACUGGCACAGAUGCGCGAGAGCUCGCUGUUUUGUAGUCUCUGCUGUGUGUCAUGAGGACACGAACGCAUAAACCGUCACUUCAUGAGAAUUUACCGUUUCAUUUGAGAAUACUGUCAUAUCAUAAACACAGACACUCAAAGAUCUUCAUGGCAGCCCAUUAAAAUAAAUGUUUGGUUUACAUGAGUAAAUUGACAAUAUAUAAAGCUACUGUUGUAGCCUACAGUAAUAAUAAUACGUCUCUAUAAUAAUAAUAAUUAUGCCUAGAUGGUUGCUUGUUUUUUACUUGUUUUUUACUUGUUAGAGAUUAUCUGAUUAAUAGAUCUUUUUUUAUAUUCCUAGACUUAUUUGUUGCAGUUUUUUUAUACAGUUAUAUUGUAAAACUUAAAUACCUUUUUUAGUUUGCGGUGUUAGAUUUUUGGCUGCAUUUGAAGUUCUUUUUUGCAUAAGAAAAUAAAUAAUACUGUCAAAUUCAUGUUAGAUAAUAAAAAUACUGUAAUAAAUACAGUAGUUCACCAUGUAUUUGUUCAUGUUUUAUUGAGGGAUCUGUCUGAAGCACACCAUAAAAAAAUUCUAGCAAUUUACACAGGGCUAGUAGUAUAUACAGCUGUAUAUACAGAUAUACACCCAGGUAUCGGAUCAGUACUCGGUAUCGGCCGAUACCCUGAGCCCAGGUAUCGGAAUCGGUAUCGGGAAGAGAAAAAGGGUAUCGGAACAUCUCUAGUCUCUCCACAUGACUCAAACUGCCCACGCUCUUCUGUGUCAGCAGUGCUCAUGGAUGAGGUGAAACACUGAUGGCAGAUUAUUCUGACGAUAUAGUUCUGGACCUCGACCAUGUUAUUUACUUGGCAGUCCAUGGGACAGUCACAAGCCUCCCGGUUUUCAUCCAAAAUAUCUUUAGUUGUGUUCUGAAGACGAACAAAGCUUUUACGGGUUUGGAAUGACAUGGGGGUAAAUGAUUAAUGAUAACAUUUUCAUUUUGGGGUGGAGUAUCCCUUUAAAAGAAGCAAUAUUUUUAUAAUAUGUCUUUAUUUUAGUUUAAUGCUCACUCCACAAGUGAAACGCAAAAAAACUAAUGUAUCUGCACAAGGACCACACGUACAACCUCUUUGAUGCUUUAAGUGCUCUUAAACUUUUAUAGUCUAUUGUACAUACUAAUAACAUAAAUAUUUCAAAUCAGAGGAAAACAUGUUUUUACUCGUAUGGAAGCGUUCCUUGUUUCUUCUGAAGUGUCCAUUUAAAUGACCGGUGUGUGCUUUCGGCAGUAUUUGUUGGUUGUUCUUUGAGAGUUUGGUGAUCAGUCAUAGUUUUGGAUAUUAUAUCCAUUUAUGUUGUGACAUCAGAGCGCUUCUUGAGGACCCACUGCAUUAUGCAUUAUGUCUUAACUAUGAAACUGUGUCAGUGCUGUCAGACGAUUAAUCGAGAUUAAUCACAUCCAAAAUAAACAUUUGUGUUUACAUAUUACAUGUGUGUGUGUGUGUGUGUGUGUGUGUGUGUGUACUGUGUAUAUUUGUAAUGUGUAUAUAUAAAUAGACACACAUGCAUGUGUAUACAUUUCAGGAAAGUGUUAUGUUUAUAUCUUAUAUUUAUAUAUAAAUACAUGUAAAUAUUUUCUAAAUAUAUGCUGUAUGUGUGGGUAUUUAUAUUUAUAUAUACAUAAUAUACACAACACACACAUAUGUCAACAGAAGGUUUUAUAUAGGAAGUGAUUAAUGGUUUGACAGCACUAUUAAACACUUGGCCAUGUUUACAGAUUGCACAGGUGAGAUGUUCGGAGCCUUCAGACUCUGAAUGUACUUUAUAAACCUCUAGAUGCAUGCCUCGGUUUCAUUAUUUGUUCAGCAUUUCUAGUUAAUAGUUUGUUUUUUUCUUUAUUUUAAACAAGAAAAUGUUUGAACCAAAGUUCACUUGUGGCAGCUUGCAGCACACAAUCAAAUGCAAAAAAAAAAACAAAAACAAAUGCUUGUUUGUUUGUACCUGUAUUAUAACUCUUCAAAGCCUGUAACCUGAAGCUAUGCAUUGUUUUUUUUAUGUAAAUGUCAUAUAUAAAUAAAAACAUGUAAACGAGUGUUACUAUGGAA